CUCUGGUUUCGAUAGGGGUACCUGGUUCCAAUAAAAAAUUUUACAGUCGCAGAAAAUUCACAAGAUCAAAGUUUCGGUUCCAUAAUUGGUAGUAAUCCUACGGUUCCAUCAACAGGAUGACGACUGGAGAUUGGAAAACGAUUUUUGUAACAGGAGGUGCAGGUUACAUCGGCAGCCACUGUAUCGUAGAACUUUUGGAAAGUGGAUACAAUGUAGUUGCCAUCGAUAAUUUCACAAACAGUGUAAUUGAAGAAGAUGGCAAAUCAGCAGCUUUGAAGAGAGUCGAAAAAAUAACUGGAAAAAAGGUCACAUUCCAUAACUGUGAUCUUCUCGACAAAGAAAGACUCGAAGAAGUUUUUAGCAAGCAAAAAAUAGAUUGUGUUAUCCACUUCGCAGCUAUAAAAGCAGUUGGAGAAUCCAUGCAAAUUCCACUUCAUUAUUACAGGAAUAAUAUGAUUGGUGCUAUUAAUUUGCUAGAGGUAAUGAAAGCUGCUGGCUGUUUUCAGUUAGUUUUCAGCAGUUCCUGUGUAGUUUAUGGAGAACCAAAGAGUCUUCCAAUUACAGAAGAUCAUCCUACUGGAAAUAUAACAAAUGUUUAUGGCCGUACAAAGUAUUUUAUUGAAGAAAUGCUCAAUGAUAUUACCGCAGCUGAGAAGAAUUGGAAUAUAAUUUCCCUAAGGUAUUUUAAUCCAGUCGGAGCACAUCCAAGUGGAUUAAUUGGCGAAGACCCAACAAAAAAAUACACAAACCUUAUGCCCUAUAUAUCACAAGUCGCCAUGGGAUUUAAACCUGAGCUCAGUAUUUUUGGGGGUGAUUAUCCAACUAAAGAUGGAACUGGUAUCCGAGACUACAUCCACGUAGUCGAUCUGGCAACAGGUCAUGUUGCUGCUCUAUCAGCUCUUUACAGAAAACACCUAAGGCUCAGAGUUUACAAUUUAGGAACUGGAAAAGGCGUCUCAGUUCUUGAAUUGGUUAGAACUUUUGAAAAAGUAACGGGGGCAUCCGUGCCUUACGUAAUUAAAAACAGAAGAGAGGGUGACAUUAGUGCAAUGUAUGCAGACACCAGAUUAGCUGAAGAGGAACUCGGCUGGAAGGCAAAGCUCACUGUCGAACAAAUGUGUCGAGACUUCUGGAGGUGGCAAUCUACGAAUCCACAUGGAUAUCGUUCAAGUGUAAAAAAUGGAAACUCUGAAAAGUAGAAAGUAGAAAUGAUGUGAAACUUGCGUCAGUCAAAUGCCAAAAGACAAUUCUUUUAUAUUUUUUACAAAAGUGCCUUUUCAUAUCACAAUUCAGAGAAAGUACCUAUUUAUUGCUUGAAAAUGCUAUGAAAAGAAAUUUAAACUUACUCUCGAAUAAUAAACUUUUUCAUCCUC